ACUGUUUCAAAAGAGUGGGGGGUGCUUUACUUUACUAUUCACCUGUCAGUUGAGAAACUAUUCGUUUCAAACAGUUACGUGUCAGUGUAACUUGUUUGCAAACGCGUAAAUGUAAAUGUGUCAGUUGUUCCUAACGUCUAGCUCAGUGAAUUAAAUGUUACCAGUCUGUGGCGUUACCCAAUUUUCAACCAACAUAUCUUAAAGAGCCAAGAAAGUGGCAGUGAUGAUUUUUAAGAAGAUAUAAAUGCUCCUUUAUUAGGCUCUCAGGUUUAUCUAAAACGAAAUUUCGAUUCUUGUAAACCUUUGCAGUACAAACAUAAGUGGGAAGGGUUAAGUUGUCCAAUUUAUUCAUAUUGAAUUUCAAUGUACAAAUGCUUCCUGUAAAGUCAAUUACAUGUAAUGGAUAUUACAUUUUAAAUCAUCUGGCAAUUUGAACAUGACAUCUAUAGAAGGAAUCAAAAUUGAGACACCAAAUCAGAAUAAAAUUCUUUUAGAAGAAACCUUUUAUGUUCUUACUAAAAAGAAUUGUGUGUUUCGUGUGAGAUUAUUGAAAAGGGGCUUGUCUUUAGUGAAGGAAAAUGAAAGCCAUUUGAAGGAGCAACUUAUACCCAUUAGUGAUAUUAUUGGAUGCAGAUGCUUGAGAAGCAAGAAACCAGAACGAAGCUGUUCAUGUCAAUCUUUGCCAAGGUCUGCUAGUCUUCAAGUAGUUGAGGAAUACUCUGUGGAAUUAGAUGAUUCUGAUGCAAGCGCCUAUUUGUAUAUAUAUGCUUAUUUGUUACAAAAAACUAAGGGUACCCCUACUAGGAGAGAACGUACCAUCAUAACCCUCAGGUUCAGAUCUUUCGACAAGUUUGAAGACAAUCAUAGGGAAGCUCAAAGAUGGAGGACUGCGAUAAAAAAAUUGAUCAAUGGAGAUCAUGUUUCCUAUUCCCAAAUAAUAGACUUUUCACUCAGUCAUAAAUUCAAGGAGAAUAAGAGACUCCUGGUAUUAUGUAAUCCCAAAAGUGGGGCUGGCAGAGGAAAAUCAAUCUUUCAGCAGAAGAUAGCUCCAAUUCUUCAAGAAGCUGAAAUUCCAUAUGAUUUGCACAUAACAAAAUAUGCAAAUUUCGCUAGGGAAUUUGUGAGAACUUCUAAUUUAUAUCAAUGGUCUGGAAUUAUUGUGGUCGGCGGCGACGGCGUCGUUUUCGAAGUGAUAAACGGCCUGUUCGAGAGGUGGGAUUGGUCGGAAACGGUGAAGGCGAUCCCCAUCGGCGUCGUCCCCGGAGGCUCCGGCAACGGACUGGCCCGCAGCGUGGCCUAUCACAGCGGAGAGCCCUUCAUACCUUCGACCCUGCCGUCGGCCCUAGCGGCCAUCAAGUGCAAGGUGACCCCCAUGGAUCUGGUCAGGGUCGAGACGAAAUCGCAAAUUAUGUUCUCGUUCCUCUCGGUCGGAUGGGGGUUCAUCUCGGACGUCGACAUAGAAAGCGAGAGGUUGAGGAUAUUGGGCGGGCAGAGGUUCAACAUUUGGUCCGUGGCAAGAUUGAUCGGUCUCAGGAGUUAUAAAGGGAAAAUUUGGUACCUACCAGCUAACGCCCCCAUGAACAUCCCGAAAGACGUAGAGCUCUCUCCUAUAAAUUUGGGCAGUAGCCCGGACAUCUCUACAUCUACGGAGCAUCACGUGACAAGGCAAAGAUUGGACUCCUGGUUCAGCGCCAAUUCGCGCCGCACCGCCUAUUUCUCGGCGAACGGAAGCACGUAUCAGUCUACCGCCGAACAGGAAACGGGCGAUCCCUCCGCCAUUAAAGAGAAACCCAGAAUGUACGGUCCAGCGUCGCAGCUUCCCUGCUUGACCGUUCCGCUGGAAUCUCCUUGGGUUUGCGUGGAAGGAAGAUACCUGAUGGUCCACGCUUCCUACCAGAGUCACUUGAGUGAAGACUGUCUCUUUGUUCCUGACGCCAAGCUGAACGACGGCUUGAUCUGGCUCCUCGUCAUCCACGCCGGCACCAAGAGGUCGCAGUUGCUGCAGUUCCUCCUCGGCCUCAGCACGGGCGCCCACCUCAACUUCAUAUCGAAGCACAGCAGGAUACAGCUCCUGCCGGUGAAGGCGUUUCGGAUAGAGCCGGACCCCAGCGAGCAGGGGUACAUAACGGUGGACGGCGAACAGGUCGAGUACGGGCCGAUUCAGGCCGAGAUAUUCCCCGAACUGGGGAGGAUAAUGGUUCCUUGAUUGAUGCAUUCCGCCGAGGUUGUGAUUUCGUUUUAUCCGGGACCGUUCGUUACAGCAGUAUUUUUCGCGAUUUCGAAAACGGCGUAGUUUUCGAAACAUCGAUCGUUGGUAGAAGGAUGAAUAUGACAUAUCGCACAAGUUAGAAAUGUCUUCCUAUUCGGGAUUACCUAUACGUCAGUAGCGGCGCACUUAACGUUCUGAUUUUUUGUUUCCUCGUUACGUUUUCGGUCACAGCUGAAACACGUGUCUGUUUUAAAACACCAAAGGAAGUAUAGCUUUAACGGGAGAAAAUCGACGAAACUUCUCUUCUUUAUCCAUUCCACUGAAGCUUCCUGAUAAACUAUAGGUGCAAUAAUUGAACCAAAUGAAACGCUGAUUUUUCAGUAUCGACAUUCCAGUGAUUAUAAAAUACAUAUAUAUUGAAUACGGGAGCGGGUUUAGACUCCGAUAUGAAAGAGUUAUUAUAGGAAUCGCGAUUUUAUUGAUUUUCCUAUAAUUUUUUCCGAGUUCGUGUGUUAUAAUUGACGAAUUUUAUGUUUCACCUAAUUUAUAUACUUUUGUUAUUGUUUUUCUUAUGCUCAAAACAUUCACCAGAAAAUAUAGUCUGAAUAACAUCACUUUGUUCCUCUUAAAGUCAAAAAGAACACAGCAUCAUCACGAAAUUUGUACAAGGUAAAAUGUCGUACAACUCGCUUAGAGUGAUAAUUAAGAUUUUUUUAUUCUGGGAUUAUCUGGUAAUACUCAAAACAAUCUUGAACAAUUCAGGAAUAAAACUAGGUAAAAAUUAAUAUUACGGCUCUGCUGAUGGUUUUGGAACACUUACUGUAGUUUUAACAGAAAAAUAAUCGAAAAAUAAACCCCUUUUUUUGAUCUUCACUCAUUGUUACACCUUCAUUUACAAUUUUAUCCGAUUUUGCGUUGGGUGAAAUGGGCUGCUUCUUCUUCGGAUCCUUGAGGAUGGUCUUCAAAAGAAAUAUUUCGAAAAAAAUGACGAAAUUUCCUUGUUUCAAACAUUGAUCAUUUCUCUUCUGUUGGAGAAAGGGUUGCUCAAUUUUUGCAAGGUAGAUACGUAGAUAAAUAAUUCUUUUCAUGAAAUGAUAAUGGUGAAAGCCUUUCCACACUUCUAGCGUGUAAUAACAAAGAAAGACAGAAAUUCCGAUAACAUUCCAAAUUUUCCUUGGCAAUAUCGAAAUGAUAUUACUAUUUUUUAUGUGCUAUGCUUCCUUUCAUUCAAAUAGUUGUGUGAGUUCUUGUACAUAAAAACAUAUUUUUUUAAUAUUGUUAAUUCGAUCUUCUACAGAGUAGAAAGUAACUCAUUGAAUUUCGCUUGUUGCAAACGUGUAUCACAAUUUACUGUUCAAUUAAUGGUUGAAAUGCUGUUAAACUAUCAAAGAUAUAUCACUAUUGUUAUAGCAAUCUUGUAAACCGAUAAUUGAUAAUGGAAAAAUUUAUUUAUUCACAUUGAAUUGUUAACGAGAUUGUAACUGAACCGGUGAUACCUUCAAAAUUGAUAUUUAAUAUUUCAUCUUUUCAGGAUUUGAAUGAGAUUCCGAAAGUUUUGAAAUAGAAUCUGAAGAAAACAG